AACCCAAUUACCACUUUUUCAAUAUCGCUACAAUCCAAGACCAUCGAUCCGGAUAUCCGGUCAUAUAUACAGAACUCCCUGGGCGAUAAGGAUGGUCUCAAGGAUUUUACCAAAGAAAUUAAGAGUGAGAUAGAGGACACACUCGUUUCUCGUUCACAAGGAAUGUAUGUUAUAUUCAACCUCUAGAUCUUUAACUUACGCUGACAAAAGGUCGAAUAUCUGAAGGUUCCGAUGGGUGGAUUGUCUUUUGCGGAUUCUACAAAAAUGCAUAACACCAGCAGCUGUGAGAGCUGCCUUGCGGGAACUGCCGAAAGACUUGGAUUCUGUCUACUUGAGGAUCCUCAACAGCAUUCACGAGACGCAGAGGGAAUAUAUUCGGCUAGCGAUGCAUUGGCUUGCAUUUUCAGCAGAACCAUUGACGUUAGGCCAGCUUGCGGAGGCCAUUGUGAUAGCAUACGAUGUCAACAAAUAUGGCGAGGAUUCGGAACCUCUUUUCAAUAUGAAGUCCCUCAUC